AACUAUUUUGUUAUCAAACGCCUAGCAAUUUGUCAUAUAUACAACAACAUCAUACAACACACGAUGCAGCGACAGACAGAUGACAACGUUAAAAAGGCGGCCCAAAUGAUGCUUGAACAGACUGUAAUGGACAUAUCUGAAAGAUUAAACGCCACGUGCACCGCGAAAUGCUUGCAGCCCGUGUACGGCUCAACAGAGUUGGUCAAGGAUGAAGCCGUGUGUAUAGACAGGUGCGUGGCUAAAUACCUGGACCUUCAUGAGAUCAUUGGCAAGCGACUUCAGGAGGACAAGGACGCUUAUCGAUUGCUUGCUGAAAAGCCUUACUUGAAAUCAGAAGGCUCAGCGACCUGAUCGAAGUGUUAUGGUCGUUUUUGUGGUUUGCGAGCUUAGUUAUAAUUUUUAGUGCAAGUUAAAUCAUGUUUGACCAAGAAAUAAUUGAAUGUGUGUUAACUGGAAAAAAGGAAAUUGUAGAAAUGUUGGUUAAGAGAUGCGUAUUGCGAAGCUUUGCGCACACAUUAAAAAAUAAGUGAGUAUUGUGUGUACUGCGAACAUGUAUCACAUAAAUAUUUUGGCGCUAUUUGUAUUAUAUUCUGUUUAAUUAUUAACCGCCCAGAAUAACAAUAAAUAUUAUGACAUA